AAAAAUUGCGAUUGGACAUUGUAGUUUAUCGAAUACUGUGAUCAGUGAGUUUGAGCCCUUGCAUUGAAAACCGUUUUCUUUCCCGAGACAUAGUGAUUAGUGAGUUAAAAGUGUGUGAUAUUUGAAUAAAAUAAGUGGAAGUAAAGUGCUUUUACUCUUCGUGUGAUAAUGGCCGCGGCGCUCCCGCCGUCGCCCGCGUGAAUCUCUGAUAUUGCAGCAGUGAACUCCGGGCCUGUCUCAGCGUUACCCGACCACAAUGAAAAUGGUGUUGUCACAACGGCAACGCGAGGAGCUAAACAAAGCUAUCGCUGAUUACCUCGGCAGCAAUGGCUACACGGACGCGCUGGAAGCGUUCAAAAAGGAGGCCGACAUGAGCGGCGAAAUGGACCGAAAAUUCGGGGGACUUCUCGAAAAGAAGUGGACCUCAGUUAUCAGGUUGCAGAAGAAGGUGAUGGAAUUGGAAUCGAAGCUUUCCGAGGUGCAGAAAGAGUUUAUAGAGGGCGCUCCAACGCGUGCGAAGCGCACGCCCACCGAGUGGAUACCUCGUCCGCCGGAGAAGUUCAGUCUCGCGGGACAUCGUGCUACUAUUACUAAGGUAAUAUUUCAUCCAGUGUUCAGUUUAUUGGUGUCGUCGAGCGAAGACGCCACCAUUAAGGUGUGGGACUUUGAAAACGGCGAUUUCGAACGAACCCUAAAGGGUCACACCGAUGCAGUUCAAGAUAUUGCAUUCGACCAUCAUGGAAAAUUACUUGUGUCGUGCAGCGCGGACAUGUCGAUAAAGCUAUGGGACUUCAACCAGACGUUCGAGUGCAUCAAGACGAUGCACGGCCACGACCACAACGUGUCGUCCGUCGCGUUCGCGCCCAGCGGCGACAUCGUGUACUCGGCGAGCCGGGACAAGACGAUCAAGGCUUGGGAGGUCGCCACUGGGUACUGCGUGAAAACAUACAAGGGCCACCGCGAGUGGGUGCGGAUGGUGCGCGUGUCGGCCGAUGGCAGUCUGCUCGCUUCGUGCUCCACUGAUCAGACAGUGCGCAUCUGGAAUGCUGACACUAAUGAAUGCAAGAUGGAGCUGCGCGAGCACGAGCACGUGGUGGAGUGCGUCGCGUGGGCGCCGGAGAGCGCGGCGGCGGCGGUCAACGAGGCGGCCGGCGGGGACAACCGCCGCGCCGCGCACGCGGGGCCCUUCCUCGCCAGCGGCUCGCGCGAUAAGUCCGUCAAGAUAUGGGACGUGAGCACGGGCGUAUGCCUCGCGACGCUGGUGGGGCACGACAACUGGGUGCGCGGCGCCGUGUGGCACCCGGGCGGCCGCUACCUGCUCACCGUGUCCGACGACAAGACGCUGCGCGUGUGGGACGUGGCGCACACGCGCUGCCUCAAGACGCUCUACGCGCACCAGCACUUCGCCACCAGCCUCGAUUUCCACAAGAACUUGCCAUACGUCAUAUCGGGCAGCGUCGAUCAGACAGUCAAAGUUUGGGAGUGUCGUUAAUAGCAUUGCCAUUUUAGUAACUUAAACUCACCGAUGAUAUCUUUAUCAUUAAUUUUUCACAUUAUUACAAAAAGCUGCAAUCGAUUGUUAUCUUAAGUUUCGAUUAUUAACGUGGAAUCAUUUAGAUAAACAAAAAUAUGUUUUUUUGAUAAUUUAUUGAUAUUGUUUCCUUUCCUCAAUUCAUUACAUUUUUACGUGUGUAUUUGACGAAGCUAUGUUCCUAUAAUUUUAAAAUUACUGCCUAUAUCAGUUGUUAAUAACACAUUCCAUUAAUGUCGGCUGUAUUAUCUCGUACAACAUUAAGUUCAAUUUAUAUAGUAAAUUACAUCAUUUUGGAAUACAAUGACGUAGUAUUCGUCAUAUACCGGUAGAAACAAUGGAGAAAGGAGUUAAAGCUGUGUUAUAAUUUAACAUUUCAUUAUUCUGUUUUACUUUUUAGUUAUUUUUUAUUAAUAAGAGCGUUUAGAUGUAACUUUAUUUGGUAUGAAUAGUUAAUUUUUAUGUGUCCGCUCUAGAUAGACUUGUACCUUGAUUUGUUUAUCGAUAAUUUAGUUUCAAUUUGCUAUCAAUGAUUAUUCAUGACAAUCGCACUGGAUUCGGUCAUUUCACGCUAAUUAUUAUUACAUACUCAUCAAAAUCUCCUUGUACAUAAUAUAAUGAAAAUCCUUUUAUUGUUUUGUAUCUCUGCUCUACAUGAUAAUCAUUAUGUUUGUUUGCUUGCGCCAACAGCAUUAAUGAGAAUCCACAGGGAUGUCACACUUCAUAGUCAUUGCGUUCGCGAUAUAUCGGAGAUAUUGAUGGAUAUAUGUUUUGUUCGUAUCGAUGGAAUAUUUAAAGGGACUUAUUUUAAGUUUUGUCAACUCAAAACUUUAACUAUAAGUUAGAGUGUAUAUUUAAUUUUUUACUAUUUAUUUACAUGUUCAAUAAUUAUUUUAUUAAAUGUCUCAAACAAAAUUAAUUUGUAGCACAUAAAUUGCAAGUAAGUGAUUUUUUUAUGCAAUGUUCUAAGUUUUACUAUAGAGUUAAUAAUAUUUUAGUUGUUUUGGAUUUAUAUCAUACAAUAGUUUUACAUAAACUGAAGUGUGUGAUAUAUUAUAACUUAUAAUUAAUUUUUCUAUCCAAUUUGCGGUAGCUAGAUUCAAAUAUAAUUACUUAUAUGAAUGCCUGUUGGAAAAUUUACUUAUUUAUUAAAAAUUAUUGAAUUUGGUUGCCCGACUUUCUAGAAUUUAGGGGUAGCAUGUAGAUUGUAACGUUAGAAGCUUUGCAGUGCUAGCAGUUAAAUGUCGAGAUGGGGAGUUAAAAUAUUUUGUAAGCGGGUGGAAAGCCAAGAUCGUAUUUAGUAGAAUGCCUAAAUAACAGGACUCGUAACGUUGCAUAGCAUUGUAUUGCAUGGUUAUAUGCUUAUCUAUGUAGAGUCGGUAAAUAGUGAUCAAGGAGAUUAUAGGUAAAGUAGGAUUAAAUAAGGGCUGCAUCGUUGGAACAGGUCGAAGGAUUGAUUGAUACUCAUGUUGUGUUACUUUUUGUGUUUUAGAUAUAAGAUGUAAACAUUGCACGCAGUUUGUUAGCUGGUUUUUUAAAUGAAACUUCUGCUAAUGACACAAAAAUGCUUUUAACCAGAUUUGCUAAUAUAUACUUAGUGCUCAUUGUCUACUACCUUUAUAAUCUCCUUGAGGGAACUUAUCUAUAAUUUAAAGCUUGCAAAUUGUAUUGUAUGUUUUAAAUAAAUAAGGAUUUGUAAUACAAUUAUCGAGGAAUAGUACUUGCACUUAUAACUAAAUUGCUUAUAUACAAUUUUCGAUUAAACAAAACCUCUUGAUACCUUAAUGAAUAAUAGCAACAACAACCUUAUAUCUUUCCAGCAAGAGGUCUAUGUAACCACUGUAUUUUAUCUUCAACUUAUAUAUAGAAAAUUACCUACCAACACUUCAUAGAAUUUGGUCUAAUAUUUUCUGUAAAUAAAUCAAAUAUGUCAUUAA